CUAGGGUUUCGUCCCAGCAGCCCCCCAAAUCCCCAAAGCCGCCUCCUCCCUCGCCGCCGCGCUCGCAGGAACCAGCGACAUGGGCGUCUACACCUUCGUGUGCCGCAACACCGGCGGCGAGUGGACUGCCAAGCAGCACUCCGGCGAGCUCGAGGCCUCCGCCGCCACCCCCUACGCGCUGCAGCGCGCCCUCGUCGCUGCUGCAUCCGCGGCCGACUCCGCCUCCGGCGUCCAGUCGUCCUUCUCCAUGGUCACCCCCACCUCCGCCGUCUUCCAGGUGAUCGUUGGUGCUGUUGGUGGUGGUGCAAUGAUGGUUAGCGGCGGUGGCGGUGCUGCCGCCGCAUCAGGUGGCGCUGCAGCUGAGGCUCCCAAGGAGGAGAAGAAGGAAGAGGAGAAGGAAGAGAGCGACGACGACAUGGGAUUCUCCCUGUUUGAUUAGAGCUCUGUCACUGUCAUUUGGCUCCCAUAAGUGGUGGUUUGAUCCUAUCGCGGUAGUUAAUUUUGCUGUCCUGUGAACGUGAAGAACUCUUGGUAAUUGUUACAAGCGACCUGUUCCAGUUUAUGUGAGAAUUUGAUAUGUUCUGUUUGGAAUCAAAUAUUGUCCUUACCAAGCGGCCUGAAUCGGCAUUGUUCUGAGCUUCAAUUUGUGUGCAUGGAACUGUCUA